UGGAAAUGUCCGCAUAGGUUCCUUAACCAAUAACCAUAUUCAUCUCCCAUUGCCACCUCUCUCUUUUUCUUUUUCAUUCUUCUUACACCUUACCAGUCAAAACUAUCUUCAUUUUCUAUCUCCAAAAUCCACACCCACACUUCUCUCUCUAUGAAAUUCUCUUUAUCUUAGGGUUUUAGAGUUUUGUUGUGAAAAUUUGAGGACGAUAAUAACAUAACCAAAUGGGGAAGAAGACACGCAGGCAGUUGAAAGCUAUGCUUCGCAAGAAUUGGCUUCUCAAAAUUCGUCACCCUUUUGUUACUCUUGCUGAGAUUUUGCUUCCCACGAUUGUAAUGUUACUAUUAAUAGCUGUACGAACGCGAGUUGAUACACGAAUUCACCCUGCCCAGCCGUAUAUACGGGAAGAUAUGUUUGUAGAAGUGGGCAAAGGAAUUUCCCCAAAUUUCCAACAAGUUCUGGAAGUAUUGUUGGCAGAGGGAGAGCUUUUGGCAUUUGCACCAGAUACAGAAGAAACAAGGAUGAUGAUCCGCUUCCUGUCGAUAAAGUUUCCUUUACUUAGGCAAGCUUCUAGAAUCUACAAAGAUGAACUGGAGUUGGAAACCUAUAUAUGCUCAGAUCACUAUGGUGCUUGCGGUGGAGUCAAGAAUUGUUCAAAUCCUAAAAUCAAAGGAGCUAUUAUAUUUCAUGAUCAAGGUCCUCAAUUAUUCGAUUACAGCAUACGUCUCAAUCACACUUGGGCUUUCUCAGGGUUCCCUGAUGUUAAAACCAUUAUGGAUGUGAAUGGCCCUUAUCUAAAUGACUUGGAAUUGGGUGUUAGUCCAAUACCAACAAUGCAAUACAGCUUCAGUGGAUUCUUCACUCUUCAGCAGCUGGUAGAUUCAUUCAUAAUUUUUUCUGCCCAGCAGAGCGAGACUAAGACUUCAAGUGAAUAUAUAGAGCUUCCAUCUUCCAAUUCAUCUAGGAGCUCUUCUUCGCUCAAUUUUACAUGGAAGAAUUUUAGCCCUUCAACAAUUAGAAUUGUUCCCUUUCCCACCCGCGAAUACACGGAUGAUGAGUUCCAGUCUAUUGUCAAGAAUGUCAUGGGAGUACUGUACCUAUUGGGAUUUCUCUAUCCAAUCUCUCGUCUUAUCAGCUAUUCUGUGUUCGAGAAGGAACAGAAGAUAAGAGAAGGUCUCUACAUGAUGGGAUUAAAAGAUGGAGUAUUUCAUCUCUCUUGGUUUAUUGCCUAUGCUUUUCAGUUUGCACUUUCAUCUGGGAUAAUUACAGCUUGCACCAUGGAUAACCUUUUCUAUUAUAGCGAUAAGUCGGUGGUUUUUGUGUAUUUUUUCUCUUUUGGACUCAGCGCAAUUAUGCUGUCAUUUUUUAUCUCUACAUUCUUCACACGAGCAAAAACAGCUGUUGCAGUUGGAACACUGUCUUUUCUUGGGGCAUUCUUUCCCUAUUAUACUGUUAAUGACCCAGCUGUCCCGACGAUAUUGAAGGUCAUAGCUUCUUUGCUUUCACCUACGGCUUUUGCUCUAGGAUCAAUUAACUUUGCUGAUUAUGAGCGUGCUCAUGUUGGCCUUCGCUGGAGCAACAUGUGGCUAGGGUCAUCUGGAGUGAAUUUUUUGGUCUGCCUAUUGAUGAUGUGGCUUGACACUCUGUUAUAUUGUGCUGCUGGUCUAUACCUUGACAAGGUCCUUCCCAGGGAAAAUGGAGUGCGUUACCCUUGGAACUUCUUAUUCAAGAAUUGCUUCUGGAGAACGAAAAGCACAAUUAAAAUUAAUGAUAAGUCUUCAGCUAAAGAUGCAUAUUCUGGGGGAAUGGAUGUUAUUGAACCUGCUGUUGAGGCAAUAAGCUUGGAUAUGAAGCAACACGAACUUGAUAAUAGAUGCAUCCAAGUUAGGAACCUGUGUAAGGUGUAUGCUACUAAGAGGGGGAAAUGUGCUGCUGUUAAUUCACUACAACUCACCUUGUAUGAAAAUCAGAUUCUUGCUCUUUUAGGACACAAUGGAGCGGGAAAAAGCACAACAAUUUCAAUGCUUGUCGGUCUUCUUCCUCCUACUUCUGGGGAUGCUUUGGUGUUUGGAAAGAAUAUACUGACAGAUAUGGAUGAGAUACGGAAUGGAUUGGGUGUAUGCCCACAGCAUGAUAUUCUUUUUCCAGAAUUGACUGUGAGAGAGCAUUUGGAAAUGUUUGCCACACUCAAAGGUGUGGAGGAAGAUGCUUUGGAGACUGCUAUAACUGUUAUGGUUGAGGAAGUGGGUUUGGCUGAUAAAAUGAACACUGUCGUGAGCUCUCUUUCUGGUGGUAUGAAGAGGAAAUUGUCUCUUGGAAUUGCCCUGAUAGGAAACAGUAAGGUUAUAAUUCUUGAUGAACCGACUAGUGGAAUGGAUCCAUACUCAAUGCGGUUGACAUGGCAAUUAAUCAAAAAGAUAAAGAAGGGCAGGAUAAUAUUACUAACAACUCACUCAAUGGAUGAAGCUGAUGAACUAGGAGAUCGAAUAGCUAUCAUGGCUAAUGGUUCUCUUAAAUGCUGCGGAAGCUCCCUCUUCCUGAAGCAUCAGUAUGGGGUUGGUUAUACUCUUACUUUAGUAAAGUCGGCACCUACUGCCUCUGUGGCUGCUGAUAUCGUUUAUCGUCAUAUUCCAUCUGCAAUAUGCGUGAGUGAGGUUGGAACCGAGGUUUCCUUUAAGCUUCCUUUGGCAUCCUCAUCGGCCUUCGAAAACAUGUUCAGGGAAAUUGAAAGUUGCAUGAGAAAUGCAGUUUCAAACUCUCAAACAAAUAUUAUGGAGGAAAAAAAUUAUAUCGGCAUUGAAAGUUAUGGCAUCUCGGUUACAACUCUCGAGGAGGUAUUUCUGAGAGUUGCAGGAUGUGACUGUGAUGAGACUGAUGGUUUCAAGCAGAGUAGCAAUAUUCUUUCAUCGGACUUUAUGAUUCCUACAGCUCACAAUCAUGCACCAGAAAAAAUUUUGGAUUCCAAAAUGCUAGGAAAUUAUAGAAAGAUUAUCAGUGUGAUAUCUGCCAUAGUGGGUAGAGCCUGUGGUUUAAUGGUUGCUACAUUUUUAAGUUUAAUUAAUUUCUUAGGCAUGCAGUGCUGCUGCUGCUGUUGUAUUAUUUCAAGGUCAACAUUUUGGCAACAUACUAAGGCGUUAUUUAUAAAGAGGGCAAUUUCUGCUCGGAGAGACCGGAAAACAAUUGUUUUCCAACUUUUAGUUCCUGCCGUCUUCUUGCUUUUUGGUCUUCUUCUUCUCAAGCUUAAGCCACAUCCUGAUCAGCAAUCUAUUACCUUGACAACAUCACAUUUUAAUCCUCUAUUAAGUGGCGGCGGCGGCGGCGGUCCAAUUCCUUUUGAUCUGUCCUUGCCUGUUGCAGAAAAGGUUGCAGAAUACAUUGAUGGGGGUUGGAUUCAAAGCUUUAAAGAGAAUGCGUACAGAUUUCCUGAUUCAGACAAGGCAUUAGCUGAUGCCAUUAAAGCUGCCGGACCAACUUUGGGACCAGUUUUACUUUCAAUGAGUGAAUUUUUAAUGUCUAGCUUCAAUGAAUCAUAUCAAUCGAGGUAUGGAGCAGUUGUGAUGGAUAGUCAGAAUGAUGAUGGGAGUUUGGGAUAUACCAUACUGCAUAAUGGUUCUUGUCAGCAUGCUGCUCCAACAUAUAUCAAUGUGAUGAAUGCUGCAAUUCUUAGGCUUGCUACUGGUGAAAAAAAUAUGACAAUUCGGACACGCAACCACCCUCUGCCAAUGACAAAAAGCCAGCACUUGCAGCGGCAUGAUUUGGAUGCUUUCUCUGCUGCUAUUAUUGUUAGUAUUGCCUUUUCAUUUAUUCCAGCUUCAUUUGCGGUCGCCAUUGUAAAGGAACGUGAGGUGAAGGCUAAGCACCAACAAUUGAUUAGUGGGGUUUCUGUACUUUCGUAUUGGGCUUCUACAUUCAUUUGGGACUUCGUCAGCUUCUUAGUUCCUUCAUCUUUUGGAAUAGUUCUCUUUUACAUAUUUGGUCUUGAUCAGUUUAUUGGAAGAGAUUGUUUCUUGCCAACAAUUUUCUUGUUUUUGGAGUAUGGAUUAGCAGUUGCAUCAUCAACAUAUUGUCUUACAUUCUUGUUUUCUGAUCACACCAUGGCUCAGAAUGUGGUUCUACUGGUCCACUUUUUUACUGGACUGAUUCUUAUGGUUAUCUCAUUCAUCAUGGGGCUUAUAGAGACAACAACAAGUGCUAAUAAUGUUCUCAAGAACUUCUUCAGAAUAUCACCUGGGUUUUGCUUUGCUGACGGACUUGCUUCACUAGCUCUUUUACGACAAGGGAUGAAAGAUAAGUCUAGUGAUGCAGUAUUUGACUGGAAUGUUACUGGAGCUUCCAUAUUUUAUCUUGGCAUUGAGAGCAUUGGUUACUUUCUCUUGACAAUUGCGGUGGAGCUGUUGCCUUUUCACAAGUUUACUCAGGUUACAAUCACACAGUACUGGAUGAAUUUUAGAAAUUUUUGGCGUGGCUCUUCCUCUGGCUAUUCAGAACCUCUUUUAAAAUCUCCUGAAGCUGUUGCUCUUGACUUUGACGAAGAUAUAGAUGUCCAAACAGAAAGAAACAGGGUGGUUUCAGGAUCUGUUGGUAAUGCCAUCCUCUACUUACGUAAUCUUCAGAAGGUGUAUCCUGGAGGAAAGAGUGGCAAAAAGAUAGCUGUCCAUUCAUUGACUUUCUCAGUUCAAGCAGGAGAAUGUUUUGGUUUCUUAGGAACAAAUGGAGCUGGGAAGACCACUACACUUUCAAUGUUAUCUGGGGAAGAAUCUCCAACUGAUGGAACUGCUUUCAUUUUUGGCAAAGAUAUAGGUUCGAAUCCCAAGUCUGUUCGUCAGCAUAUUGGAUACUGCCCCCAAUUUGAUGCUCUCUUGGAAUUCUUGACUGUCAGAGAGCACCUUGAGCUUUAUGCAAGAAUAAAAGGAGUUGCAGAUUACAGUAUCACUGAUGUUGUCAUGGAAAAGUUGGUUGAGUUUGACUUGUUGAAGCAUGCUGAUAAACCAUCAUUCGUACUUAGUGGAGGGAACAAGCGCAAAUUAUCUGUUGCAAUUGCAAUGAUUGGAGAUCCUCCAAUUGUAAUUCUUGAUGAGCCAUCAACGGGUAUGGAUCCGAUUGCCAAAAGAUUCAUGUGGGAAGUGAUAUCCCGAUUGUCAACUAGACAAGGAAAGACAGCAGUAAUUCUCACCACCCACAGCAUGAAUGAAGCUCAGGCACUGUGUACUCGUAUUGGAAUAAUGGUUGGCGGCAGAUUAAGAUGCAUUGGAAGUCCCCAACAUCUGAAAACACGAUUUGGAAAUCACCUUGAGCUAGAGGUUAAACCUGCUGAGGUUAGUCCUGUAGAGUUGGAAAAUCUUUGCCAAAUUAUUCAGGGAAGGCUUCUCAACAUUCCUUCAUAUCCGAGAAGUCUGCUUAACGACCUUGAAAUUUGCAUUGGGGCUGUUGACUUUAUAACAUCUGAAAAUGCAUCAGCGGCGGAGAUCCGCUUGUCAAAAGAGAUGAUACUAAUGAUUGGACAAUGGCUUGGGGAUGAAGAAAGAGUGAAUACACUUUUUUCUUCUUCAUCCACUUCGGAUGGGGGUUCCGCUGAACAGUUAGGAGAACAGUUGGUUCGAGACGCAUCAUGCCAGCCAAGAUGGGACAAGGCUUCAUUAACAGUUUUAGGAAGAUUUAUAGAAUCAAGGGAUGCAACAAAAGAACAAGAAUAAGAAGACAAGCGACCAUAUGAAAUAAAAGAGGAAAGUAAGUGCAUUGGUCUUUACUUUUGUAAAGGGCAACUGGCAGAUCAAGAUCAUUGGUCAUUGGAUCUGAUGUCGAAGAAGACUCAAUUGCCGAAUAUGUAUCAGGUGGAUCUCGUCAUUUGGAAUAGACCCGGUGAAUAGGAGGUUUUGGAAGUGGAGGGUGCUUGAAGCAGCUGGUGAAAGCUUCUGGUGGAGCAUGAAGCUUGUGCGAGGCUUCUUUUGACUGGAGUUCUAGGAAGAGCCAGCCAGCAAGUGGCGUUUCAAUCCUUGGUGGCGGUGAGUAGAAGUGGUCACUCAAAAAGGGUGACCCGAAGAGAUGGACAAAUAAUGCUCACUAGGGCAGAAUUUAAAUUCCAAAAUUCUAAAAAAGGAAAUCACUACUCUAAGACCAUGUGAACUAAGAGGAAAGAGUAAUUUCUUGAUAAUUAUAUUCAUAGGAACAGAUACAUAUAUAUAUAUAGGUUGAAUAGUUUAUAUUAGGAAGUUAUACCAAGAUAUACUAAUUAAGAAUCCUAUAAUUCAGCCUAUGUACAAUCUACAGUUGUGACUAACUUACAGCAAAAUGUGGUCUCAAGUUUCUUGUUUAUUUAAAUAUUCUUUUGGUUAGGAUGGCGUUUUUCAUUGUUGUUUCUGUCCCACUUCACCAACAUUAAAAUACACAGGCAUACUGUGGUAAGAUUACAUUUCUUUUAACAUUUUUGAUGAGUGGUUGUAGGUCUGGAUGGAUCUUAGGGUGUACAUCCCGGACCAUUUGCCUCAUCCAGGGAUCCAUCUCUCUUUGUUUUCCUGUUCUUUUAUAUCUACUCUAGUAUAACUUUAAGAUCUUAGAACGCCUGGUGAUUGUGCAUCUCUCUCUCUAUAUAUACACACACACACACACACACACACACACACACACACACACACACACACACACACACACACAUAUACA